AUGACAAUUCUUCGUCAACUGUUUCAUAUCACUCGCAAAAACUUUAUAUCGAAAAAGAGGAACUGGGUACUUUCUUUGUUGGAGCUGUUCCUCCCAACUGUACUCGUUGCACUGGUUGUAUCGCUUAAGAAGUAUCAACAACCAUGGCUCGUAACUUCGACGAACGCAAUGGUCCGAGGUCUCCCCUCCGCUGGUCUGUUCAGUGUGUUUGCAUCGUUUUGUCCUAGCAGUCUCAAAAAGUAUGAUGUGAAUGGUUUUGCAGUCAUCAAUGGAUCUCGAGAGUACGAAUUCUUGGAACUCCUCGACAAGAUAUCCGGAGCUUUUAUGAAAAACGACACAAACAGAAGCACUCCUUUUACAUUUGAUAGAAUCCCGGUGCUGUUCGGCAAUUUUGAGAGAACCCUAGAGGAAGAAGAGAUACUCAUCAAGUGCAGCAUGACGUCUCUCCACACAUUCGAAUGGGAAGAAUGUUUGUCGAAGCAUCCUAACUCGAUGAAGAAGAUCAACAAAAGCUUUACUGAGUUACAAGAAGAAGUACUACUUGUGAAUGAAGAAACGGGUUUACUGGACAACCUCGCUGCGAUCUCACAAAUAAUGGAGGCUCCUUCUAAGGACGCUAGCGGCUCCACCUAUUUAUUCCAAUUCCUAAAUCACAUCGUUUGUGGAGGUGGGCUGUCUGACGGCAGGCCUGAUGAAAAAACCGGCGGAGAUAUCAAUACUAAUCAGCUGAACAGACUGGGAAUACUUCAAGCAAUGCUCCGAAGGAAUGCAAAAGUCCUUUACGCUCCUAAUAUCACCAUUGUUGACCAAGUCAUUGCAAAGGCUAACGAAUCACUGGUUUUCGCUUUUGAGCUGAACGAAUUCGCACAACUGGCGGCUGAAAUACUCAACAAAAGCGAUUCUCAGAAUGAGUUAUCGGUGGUUAAUGAAAGCAAGGUUUUGCUGCCAACAACUAAACAGUUCAUUAAUCGGCACUUUGGCGAAAGCGCUUUACCAAAUAUUUUUCCCCGAGUUAAUCACGACAGUCUGAAUAACGCACUGGCUACCUUUUUAUCAGUGGCAAAUCAAACGCGUAUGGACGAGAUCUUUCCAACGUUCAUUGGAUUCACAAAUGAGUCAAUGCUGGAGGACUUCGCGAAAAGGGCAGAUCGGGAAAACAUCACUGUUAUUGCCGGUAUCGUCUUCGACGAUGUUGGAGAGAGAAAUAAAAGCCUUGGUCCGGUGGUCAGCUACAAAAUUAGACAGAAACCAGCUUUCACACCGUCAACAGAGGCAGCCCGAGAUGUGCUGGCCGUAUAUGCUGGUCCGCGCGACUGGGAUGACUCGUAUUACUCCUACGGAUUCUUAUGGCUACAGGAUGUCAUCGAGCGCUCGAUCAUAUCAGUUAUGGUUGACUUACCAAUUGUUGAACCGGGAGCUGGAAUGUUAGAAAUGGCUUUUCCAUGUUUUCGAUACGACCGAUUUCUUAUAAACAUGCAGACAGUGAUUCUAGUUAUUUUGGCACUCUCGUAUCUUUGCACAUUGUCGUUUCUGGUGGACGACAUUGUUUAUCAGAAGGAGCACGGCCUUACUGAAAUGAUGCGUUGCAUGGGCGCCGACACUUUCGUAAUAUGGCUCUCGUGGAUUAUUUCAACUCUUCCUCAGGCUACCUUGGUCAAUAUCAUCAACACCUCCUUUUUAUUCUACAAUGGUGCCAUCUUUCGCCUUACUAGCGUCUCCGUGGUUUUCGUUCUGCUUAUGAUUUACGCAUUCUCCGUCAUAGCAAUGGCCUUUUUCCUUUCGUCUUUGUACUCGCAUGCUAGAAUGGCCACAGCGAGCUCUGCCAUCAUCUUCUUCGUUUGCACCAUGCCUUGUACCUAUCUUGCGAUUCGAGAACAGUCCACAUUUCGGGCGUCGCCGGACUGGAUGAUUGGGCUCGCAUCUGUCGUCCCUCCAUCUGCCUUUGGAGCAGCAGUGAAAGUUCUCCUUUCUGCUGAGCGAUCAGGUCUGAGUGUUAGCUGGUCGACGCUGUUCGGCGUCUUCGGGCAAAACAAAAGCAUCUUUAGCGUGGGGUUUCUGAUGAUCAUACUACUACUCGAGAGUAUUCUGUAUUUUGUACUUGCUUUGUAUAUUAAUAAAGUGUGUCCUGGGCAACAUGGUAUUCCAUCAAGCUGGUGUUUCCCAAUCAAGAUCAUUGCGGAAAAAUCUUCCAAAUAUGAAGCUUCAGUAGAGCCCGUGCAUUCGCAAAUGGGGUCUACUGAGAACGCAGACGAUUCUGACGGUGCGAAAGCCAGCAUUCGACUCACCGGUGUCUCCAAGAAAUAUUCGAGUCAAGGAGCUAGAGAACUAGCUGUGAACAACCUGACAUUAAAUUUCUACCAGGAUGAGAUCACUUCAUUGUUAGGCGAGAACGGAGCGGGGAAGUCAACAAUUAUAAGGAUGAUUAGUGGGGAUAUGGCUCCCACCACUGGCUUCAUCACUGUUGGUGGGAAAAACAUCUUGGGAUCAGAGCGUGUGCAUGUCGGUAUUUGUCCUCAACACAAUGUCUUGUUUCCAAGCCUAACUGUUGGCGAACAUUUGCGGUUCUAUGCUGCUCUCAAAAAUCCGAUCCUUUCGCAGAAAGAAAUAACCAGUAUCGUCGACGAAAUGGUUUAUGACCUUCACCUCGUGGAUAAGUACAAUGCCUUGGCAUCCACUCUUUCCGGUGGCAUGCAACGGCGACUUUGUAUAGGGAUUGCAUUCAUUGCGGGAUCGAAAACGGUGAUUUUGGAUGAACCGACGGCUGGUGUCGAUCCUUUUGCUAGACGUGCUAUAUGGGAUCUUGUGCUCAAGUAUAAAGAGAAUCAUACCAUCAUAGUUGCUACUCACUUUCUGGAUGAGGCUGAUAUCCUCAGUGAUCGCAUAGCCAUUAUAUCCGAGGGUAUUCUCAAGGCUGCGGGAUCUCCUUUAGCGCUGAAACACGAGUACGGAGAUGGAUACAAACUCUCAGUUUCUUUGAGCGACGACAGUAAGGCACUCAGCGACUGCCAGAAAUGGCUGGAGAGCUUCGACGGAAAAAUAGUGCUUCUAGAUUUCUACGGCUCUCAUGCAGAAAUCGGACUUCCUGAUUGGACAAAUGCCCAGUUAGUGCAGAUGCUCGCCGCGAUGGAGGACUCGCUCACCGAUGAAAAUUUCCCAAUUGUGGCCUAUUCUAUGAAUGAUUCUACACUAGAGGAGAUUUUUGUAAAAUUGAUAGGUAGACCAAGUAGAAGAGGCCUAAAAGCAACUUUCGAGAACAUCCUGGAAGGAGAUUCCUCAGCCAGCUCGGAGCCUUACUUCGAUUUCUCAGCAUUUGAGAAGCAUCCAUCCAAAAGUGCUGCGCGUAUAUGGCAACAUAUUACAGCAUUGCUAAAAAAGCGAAUGAAAUAUGCCUCUCGAAGUUGGAGGACUUUGUUCUCACAGCUAGUGAUUCCAGUUUUGUUCGUGGUGCUGGGGAUGGGAGUUGCGCUCCCAGCCAUCUCGCAUUCGAAUUCUCCUCCAAUUGAAAUAUCUACCGCCCAAUUUGUCAAUAUAACAAUGUCCGAGAUUUUGGUUCCGUAUCAAGAUUUUGUUGCGAUGCCGACUUAUCCUUACUCAAACCUGACGUCUCAAGAUAAGUACUUGAUAGAUUCGGGAGCUGCAGUUACUCAGCUUUUCAACCCAGCUGGUCCAGGAUCUGUGUGUGCUGUCAGAGACACCUCUUUGACGUGGCUCGAUGCGAAUCAGGCGAAUACGUCAGAAGAAAUUCUUUUGAGACUAGUCGACCUGAGAUAUUUCGAUGGACACUGCUUCUUCCUAUCAUGCACAGCCUGCACUCGAUCGGGCAGUUUAUUUCAGUUCAAAGUUCCUGAUAAUCGUGACUCGUCGGACGCUUCUUGCCGCUGUGAGAAGUGGAAAUUUGUGGAAGCAUGUGACGCAUUUCCUCAAACGAACGUAACGGCAUUUGGGCUUAGUGGGUCCGUUCCCUACGACGUGUCUGGAUUUGACAUAUCUGCAUGGACUAAAGGAUUUUCGAAGAACGCUAGCUUUGGGUUUGGUGGUCUCGGUUUGGGGUUCCAAAAUCCGAACGUUCCAUUUGAUUACGGAGUAGGAAAACACAGGCUCUUGCGCAAACUAGCAGUUAGGCACGUGACAAAGGUUCUGUUUGACAACCGUGCUUUCCAUUCUCAGCCCAUCUAUUUGAACCUCUGGCACAACACAUUGCUGAGAGCAGCGAUACGUCGAAGCGGUGCGAAUGUUAAUCCGGGAGCGUACGCAAUAAGACUCACCAAUCAUCCUCUUCCUUCUGAUAAAAUUAUGUUCAGUGUAGAACAAAUUUUGCAAAACAACGAUGUCUUAAUUGCCAUGUUCAUUGUUAUUGCACUAAUUUUCGUCCCCACUUCUUUUGUUUUCCUGUUGGUUUCGGAACGUUCAUCAUCAGCACUUCAUCUUCAGCACAUGGCCGGAUUUUCACCUUUUUUAUACUGGACAACGAAUUACAUUUGUGAUGUCUUAAUGUACAUGUUCACUGCUUCGUGCACAUUACUAGUUAUUUAUGUUCUCGGUACUUCUGUUUACUCGUCUUUAGCAACCAUUCAAGCAUUUGCUGUUCUAAUGACCCUUUUCGGAAUCUCAUCAAUUCCUUCGGUCUAUAUGUUUUCUUUCGGAUUUUCUGCUGCAUCAACAGCAUACAUAGUGCUCAUUAUGGGUUCCUUAUUCUUAUCGAUGUUCCUGCUCUUUACGUCAUUUUGCUUACAGUUAUUUGGAGUAGAUUCCAAGACCUUGGCUGCGGCAGACGGUGUGACACGAUACAUCUUUGCCAUCUUCCCUCCGUUCGCUUUCGGUCGUGGUAUGCUUGAUUCGGCUCUUAAUGUGUAUUACAACAAUUUCUAUGCAUUUGCUGGGCAAUGGUGGAACAUCACCUCCGCGUUGGGAAGUGGAAUCUUAUCCAAGUACAUUGGUGCAAUGUCUCUGACUGCAGUGAUUUCGGGCAUUGCUACAAUCUUCUUUGCAAAUGUUGCAAAAAUGCCAAAAUGUCGGCAAGCCGAUGCUCUUCCCAUUGAUCAGCACGAUGGCGAAGACAAUGUUUUGGAAGAAAGAAGGCGUGUACGUCAUGUAGAUUCCACCGAACAGAACAUAUUAACAGUAGAUUCACUCGAAGUGUGCUACAGACGUUCCAUGUUUUCUAAACCCACUCAUGCAGUGCGGAAUGUCUCAUGGGGAGUUCGGCGCGGAGAAUGCUUUGGACUAAUUGGUGUCAAUGGAGCAGGCAAAACAAGCACAUUCCGUGUUUUGUGCGGGUUGCAGACCCCGGAUCGUGGAGUGGUUCUUCUAGGAAACACUAUAAUUGAACCUGGCACGGAUGCAUUCACUCGCAUUGGUUAUUGCCCGCAAUCAGAUGCUUUGUAUCAAGAACUAACUGUGCGGGAACAUCUGGAAAUGCUUGGCAGUAUCCACGGUUAUACCUCCUCGUCUAUUCAUUUAGUUGUUCAACUCCUUCUGGAUGUAUUUGACAUCGCGCAGUAUGCUAAUACGAAAUGUCAUGCACUAAGUGGCGGAACAAAGAGGAAGCUUUCGAUGGCUCAAGCGCUCGUUGGUAAUCCUGAAAUUCUUCUUCUUGACGAGCCAACUACAGGAAUGGAUCCUAAGAGCCGUUUGCUUAUUUGGGAGGCGGUGGACCGAUUUGUAAGAGGAGGAAGAAGCGUAGUGUUGACGACUCACUCGAUGCCCGAAAGUGAGGCUCUAUGCAGAAAUUUAGCAAUUAUGGUCAACGGUGCGAUAAGAUGCAUUGGCACACCUUUGUUCAUUAAAAAUAAGUACGGCACGGGUUACAAUGUACGCCUUCGUCUACACACUUGCAGCGAGCAAGAAAGGCUCUCAGCGGUGACAAGAUUGAAAGAGGGCAUACCUACAGCAUUGCUACUGGAAGCACAUGCGUCUAUAUUACACUUCGAAGUCCCACCGCCUUAUGCUCUCUGGAAGAUUUUCCACUUCAUUUCGACAAGCAUGGAUGAUCUCGUACAAGAGUUCUCGGUCUCUCAGAACAGUCUUGAUCAAGCGUUCGUAAGCUUCGUGAGAGAGCAGACGGAUCCUGGAGGAGAGAUGCGUCGUACUCUCACCGCUUCAGUUGACGAUGUUUGCGCCGUAGCUAAUCCCACUUCAGUCGACGUGGACGUAAGAACACCAUAUUCACCCUCACCUCCGUCAUCUCUCCAGAGCAGCCGGGUGCAUCUUGUGUAUUGA